CUCCGGGCUCUGGGGCCCGGCAGCCGCAGAGUCGAGCCUGGGGCGGACGCCGCAGAAGCGGGUGCGGGCGCGGCCGGAGGAGAGCGGGGCGCGGAGUGUGGUGUGCCCGGCGCGUGUUGGGAGUCCCCGGCGCCUCUCCCGACGGCACCCCCGAAGGCCUGGCCCCGGUACCCUCCGCAGAGCCCGGGGGUGGGGGGCGCGUGCCCGGCGCCGCAAUGGGCCCGGGACCCCCAGCGGCCGGAGCGGCGCCGUCCCGGCGGCCGCUGUCCCUGGUGGCGCGGUUGAGCUACGCCGUGGGCCACUUCCUCAACGACCUGUGCGCGUCCAUGUGGUUCACCUACCUGCUGCUCUACCUGCACUCGGUGCGCGCCUACAGCUCCCGCGGCGCGGGGCUGCUCCUGCUGCUGGGCCAGGUGGCCGACGGGCUGUGCACACCCCUCGUGGGCUACGAGGCCGACCGCGCCGCCGGAUGCUGCCCUCGCUACGGCCCGCGCAAGGCCUGGCACCUGGUCGGCACCGUCUGCGUCCUGCUGUCCUUCCCCUUCAUCUUCAGCCCCUGCCUGGGCUGCGGGGCGGCCACGCCCGAGUGGGCUGCCCUCCUCUACUAUGGCCCGUUCAUCGUGAUCUUCCAGUUCGGCUGGGCCUCCACACAGAUCUCCCACCUCAGCCUCAUCCCGGAGCUCGUCACCAAUGACCAUGAGAAGGUGGAGCUCACAGCACUCAGGUACGCGUUCACCGUGGUGGCCAACAUCACCGUCUACGGCGCCGCCUGGCUCCUGCUGCACCUGCAGGGCUCGUCACGGGUGGAGCCCACCCAGGACAUCGACAUCGGCGACCAGCUGGGGGGCCAGGACGUGCCUAUGUUCCGGAACCUGUCCCUGCUGGUGGUGGGUGUCGGCGCCGUGUUCUCACUGCUGUUCCACCUGGGCACCCGGGAGAGGCGCCGGCCGCACGUGGAGGAGCCGGGCGAGCACACCCCCCUGUUGGCCCCCGCCGUCGCCCAGCCCCUGCUGCUCUGGAAGCACUGGCUCCGGGAGCCAGCUUUCUACCAGGUGGGCGUGCUGUACAUGACCACCAGGCUCAUCGUGAACCUGUCCCAGACCUACAUGGCCAUGUACCUCACCUACUCCCUCCACCUGCCCAAGAAGUUCAUCGCGACCAUUCCCCUGGUGAUGUACCUCAGCGGCUUCUUCUCCUCCUUCCUCAUGAAGCCCAUCAACAAGAGAAUUGGGCGGAACAUGACCUACUUCUCGGGCCUCCUGGUGAUCCUGGCCUUUGCCGCCUGGGUGGCGCUGGCGGAGGGGCUGGGCGUGGCCGUAUACGCAGCAGCUGUGCUACUGGGUGCUGGCUGUGCCACCAUCCUCGUCACCUCGCUGGCCAUGACGGCUGACCUCAUCGGUCCCCACACGAACAGCGGAGCGUUCGUGUACGGCUCCAUGAGCUUCUCGGAUAAGGUGGCCAAUGGGCUGGCAGUCAUGGCCAUCCAGAGCCUGCACCCUUGCCCCUCGGAGCUCUGCUGCAGGGCCUGCGUGAGCUUCUACCACUGGGCGAUGGUGGCCGUGACGGGUGGCGUGGGCGUGGCCGCUGCCCUGUGUCUCUGCAGCCUCCUCCUGUGGCCCAUCCGCCUGCGACGCUGGCACCCUGACACCCGGCCCUGAUUCCUGAUGGUCUCCUGCACCUGUGCAAGGGAACCGUGGGGAUGCAUGAGGGUGCCCCCCGGGGCCUCGAGGAGAAGCCCCCACUGCCCCUCGCUCUCCUCUGGACCCCCACCCUCCAUCCUCGCCCCACUCCUGGGGAUGGGGUCGGGUGAGGGCAGCAGGGAGGCCCGCCAGGGCCUUGUGAAUCCAGGGGCUUGCAGGGACGCCUGGGCUUUGAGGGUGCCCCAUUCUCAACUCCAGCCCAGCCCUCUGGAGGAUUUGGGGUGCCCCUCUUGACAGGGAGCAGGACAUAGGAAUCCCAGAAGGAUCUGGGGGAACCCUCACCCUGAGUUCAGUCCAUUUCACCCCUCACCUCUGGCCUGGGGGUCUCCAGAUGCUGCCAGGGCCCCCUCAGGACGGCUGGAACCUAGAGGAGACCCCAUCACGGGGUGGUGGGCAGCAGGACUGCCCAGUAGGCUUGGUGGACUCUGCUGGCAGCGAAUAAAGAGAUGAUGGUG